GCGACCUCCUGCUGCUGCUGCUGCUACUGUAAGAACAACAGCAGCACACACUACCACUAUCAGUACUGUCGCUACUGCGGCCACUAACAUUAGCGUUCUUACUAUAGCCGCCAUUACUACAGCUACUACUAGUACCAAUAUCACGAACAUACGCAGGCCACCAUUUUCUUCGAAAUAGACGCCCUCGAAUUCGGUCGGCCACCGCUGACUCCCCAAUUCAUCCCGCAUUUUCCCAACCGACUCGGCUUAGAGUUCCGUCCCGUUGGAACAACUCCGCACAACUUAACUCUCAGCCACCCUCUCCCUGCUUCCCUGUCCUUUCGGCCGGCUACCACCAUCACCACAACUCUCUCUCCCUCUUUAGGGCGCGCGUUUUCUCUGUGCCCACCAUCUUCACCCCCAUCCCGCCCCUUCACUUACACUAUGUGGCGAUGGUAUAUGUUUCAAUCUGGAUCUGUGCCAGUGUCUAGCCGUCCGGAUGUGUGUGUGUAUCGGAACGGGUGGGGGUCGGUGUCCGUGUGAAAUGUGUUGAGAGAUCGGUAUGUAUGUGCCUGUGUGCUUGUGCGUGCAUAUAACUUCCUAUAUUCGAUUGGUGUUACUCCGGUCCUAUUUCCCCGUCUUAGCAAAGCUUCGCUCCCCUCUUUAGAUGACACCAUUGCACCUUCAACAUACUUCAGUCAUAAUCAUAACCAACCACUCUCCUCAAACUAAAUUGUUGAACCGUUUCUAUCCAGUAACUCUAUGGAGGGCAUUCAAACGCAGAUCUCUCAUAAGAUAGUCUCCAUAUUCAGAAGUAUAUACUGUUCCUCUGUACUCUAGUUCUCCACUAGUGUCGCGCUGGGCUUUUGAUAAGCACAAAUAGCCACAUUAGAAUUAGAAAUUACCAGUGCAAGCUUCUUCAAGCAGCGAUAGUGAAACUUGUGAGAUAUCCAGGUAUGACUUAAAAGGCUUACGCUUCCGACAAGCAAUCUCCUUCAAGCUAGUCCAACCUUAACGGAAUUAAAUUUUGAAUCAUCAAUUCUACAUAUUUCAGACCUUUCCAAGCAUCUGAGAACCAAACUCACGGUUGUGUUUCCUUAUGAAUAAGAGGCGCCGCUUUGACACUAGGGUCAGUGUUAAAAUUCGCGGGCUUACGACUACCCGCCCUUUCACUAUUCCCUCUAAAUCUUUGGCUGUAUGGAGGUGCAAGUUAAUCUGACAAACAGAGCUGAAGAUAUCAUCAUUGCAAUAUCCUACACAGUUAACAAAAUGUGACUUAAAUUUACAUUGGAUGAUAUGUGUGAAUCAACCGACUGAUAAAGGUGAAUAGGUGGAGCCAAAAUCAAUCGAAGGGAAUUUUUUUAUGGAUGUACCUACUUUAUGGAGCCGAUCACGGAUAUCUGCAUUAUCGAAGAAGCAAAAAAUGCGCCACCAGGGUACUCCGUCAUCGAACUAACCGGCGAUGCUGGGGUAGACGCUGAUCUUUGGAAAGACAAAGGCCUCUUUUUCGGCCGUAAGGAAACAAGAUAUCUUUGCUUUGCUCGGAAGUUUUCGCUAGACUGUUUGGAGAGUUUAAGUGUGCAACAAACACCGCCGCCAAAUGUAUUGACGAUCUCCUCGACCCGCGACACAGGUCAGAAAUGUCUUAAAAAGCGUCACUUAUGUUAUACAGUGAUCAGUCGGGAUAUACGGAACAGCUCCGUGGUGUCGGACAUUGGCGUAUUCUCAAAAAGUGCUCCUGAGGGCUUUACGCUAGCUGGCGAGCUGAAUGGGCUACUUAUCGCUUAUAGGACUAUCAAAAUUAAUGUCGAGUCGAACGGUAGCCUGCCGAAAGAGCAGGCAGCGUGUAGAGCGCAGAAUGACGCUGGAGGCGCUCAGAGUGGUAAUUCCGGAUCUGUGCUAUGUGCUAGAAAUUGGAUCGACGAUAUCUCUUAUCGACUUAAUCCAGGAUUGCUACCAGUUAGACGGCUACCGGCUAUUCAUUUAAAAACAGCCAGCCAAAUUUACUCGCAGUUCAACUACGAUUUUUCCCUUGAACGCGAAGUUCUUCGCGCAGUGACGCCGGAUGAUACCUCAAAUGUGGCCUCUUGUCGAGGAGAAGGAAAUAGUCCUCUUUUAGAUCCGCAGCAAUUCGCCGCUUCUACAGCUGCAGCAACAGCCAGCAACUGUAAUGCCGCCGGUGAAACUAGCUGAUAGAAAUUAUGUUUACUAUAAUUAUUCUGGCAGACAAUUACGCACUAUAUUAGUUAAAUCAAUGCUAUUGGUGCCCAUUCAUGUAUUCCGCAAAAUAUCUGCAUUUUUAUUUUUUGGCAUCUCAGUUACUUUUUUGUUUAACAGUACCGUUUUUUUGCACUGGUAACGACAUUUGAUUCAACUGUGUCGACGAUUUAAAAUUUACCUCCAUGAUAUAAAGAAGCUAGAUCUUUUCCAGCAGUAUCCGAAGUCAUCAAAUAUAUUGUCGAAUGUCGCUGGUGUACUUUUAACCGUAUGCUUGGUACUGUCGAAUAUUAUUAGUUUUUUUGUAAUAUUCUAGGAAUCAUGUAAUCUCAUUUAUAUGACUCCUAGAGUAUUAGUUUCUACCUGUGUUUAAACCUAUGCUGCUGUGAGCAAUGUUUGUGGCCUUUAAAACUCCUAAAUGUAUUUAGCGCAGCGUUGGUUUAUCAGAAAGUGUGACAUUUUACUGUGUAUUGUUACACGAUGUGUUUGACGAACAAAGCAUGCUAAGCUAUACAUAAAUCGCUUUACAGAGGUUCUUUAUACUAUUAAUCAGCCUCACACGAUAGCCGAGUAAGGCUAAACCAAAAAAUGUUUUUCGUGUUGUACGCACGAUACUUAAGCCGCUAAGCAUCAUUUCAAACGACUGCCUCCCAACACAAAACGAGGUAUUUAGAUUCAAACGUAGAUCACGACAUAUUCCUAAGCUGAGCAGCCAAACAUGUUACCCACUGUGCUACCGCUGGUAUAAGUGAGAUAAACCAGCAGUCUAUGAAAAAUUUUAUUAUUGGAAGAUCGGUCGACUUUGAUCCCAAGGAAAUAUUUCGAAGGCAACAAUAUAGCAACGUUUGUUAUGUAUCAGUUGUCCGUCUGAUCAGUGUUUCAGUAGGCACUCCUGACCUCAACUCCUAUGUAUAGGAAAUGAAGACCUGCUCCAUGUUGAAGUCGCAUGAUGUAUACAGCGUAUCCAUAAUAUGGCCUGCAUUUAAGCAUUUCAGGCUGGAGCGACUUUGGCAUCACCCUAGAAAGUCCAAAUUAAAUUAAUAUACAAAAUAUGAACACUGCCAAUUGAGCUUACACAGGUGUUUGUGUCUUUUUUCAGAGGGAUCAUGAUUUCGUCGUACUCUUUGUAUAUUUAGCGCUCAGAAGCGCCAUAUGUUCGCGCGACCCUUUGCAAAUAGUCAUUGUUAGCUUUAAGAUUUACGUCAGG